GUCAAUGACAAAAGAAACUUAACAGCCAAGGAAGCCGUGCACGAAUCCCUAGAACAACUCUGAAUCUGAUUGAAAACGCCCAACGCCUCCUCUCGAUUUCCCUCGUUUUCGCUCGCGAAGAAGCACUGACUAGGAGCUACAGGCCUACAGCCAUGGCCGUCGAACCAUCCUCAGUCUGAUGAGAGAGGGGAUCCUCAGCUGAAUUCGUUCCGAUUCGUUUGAACAUUAUUAUGCCUGAUCGUCUCAUCAACGUCCUUCUCCUCGCUUUCCUCCUCUGCACUUUCCCUAAGCAGUCUUCAUUCAUCUUGGCAUUCACGACUCGGCAGAAAACUUCGAUUCCUUCUUUGAUCUCCGAGAAUCAGAUAGUUGAGCUUCUGAUUCUCGAACUGAAGCUACGGAGCUUAAUAACUGAUCUCAAGAUUACUGUUUUUUACUCUUUUCACGUCACUCACCUGUUCUUAGACCAGUGGUUUCGUCGCAUACGAGCUCUAAACGUUCGAUUCAUACCCUUUGUGGAUUGAGACCCAUCUGGUAGGCUGGUAGAUUCUUUACUGUUGCUGUAGUCAUCAUUCUAGUUCCAUUCCUCAUUUUUUCUCUCUGCUUUUUUCUCAACUCCACUUGCGAAAUGAGCUUCUUGAAACCGUCGGUGUUCUCUCGGUUUCUUCUGACCUUCCCUUCGUUAAGAUGGAUGCCGUGUCAGAGUUGGGCGUUUCUGAGAUGGCCCAAUCUCGAUGGAUUUAUGAGUGUUUUGGUGUUGGUGCUGAUCUGGUCCAUGUUCGCUGAGAUUCGAUUCAUACCGUCGUCGUCUAUGUAUCCUACUCUUCGCGUUGGGGAUCGAAUAAUCGCGGAGAAGGUAUCAUAUUACUUCAAGAAUCCUGCUGUCAAUGAUCUUGUCCUUUUUACAGUACCCAAGAAUUUGCAGGAUAUGGGAUACAAAAAGGAAGAUGUUUUUAUUAAAAGAAUUGUAGCAAAAGCAGGGGAUCUGGUGCAGUUUCAGCAUGGUAUGCUUUAUGUUAAUGGAAUUGCUCAAAGAGAAGAUUUCAUAACAGAGAUGCCCACCCACUGCAAACAGAAUGAAACUUGUGUUAGUGUACCACGAGGACAUGUUUAUGUGUUAGGCGACAACCGGCAUAACAGUUAUGAUUCCCGUUCUUGGGGACCUCUUCCUAUUGCCAACAUUUAUGGAAGAUUCAUCUUCCGCUGUUCUAGACCCACAAACUCAUGAUCUCAGGGGAUGAGAAAUGAGCAAGGAAAAUAUCGACACUCCUUGGCUUGUGGAAUUUGUAUCGGACCUUUCCCAUAUUUGCUAGUGUACAUGCACUUAUCUAUGCUGGUGUGCUUCUUAUGUGUUGUUUAAAUUACUAGUGUAGGGUAUAACUGUGAGCAUGUUAUAUGAAGGUAUGGACAAAGAAGUGUAUCUCUUUUUCCUUCAGUUUCUAUUUGGAUGGUAAGCAUGAAUUUGAAACAUACAGAUAUAUUUUUCUUCUUUUUUUAA